UCCUGCUCGAGUGACCUGAGGGGAUGUGUCAAGCAGAAGAAAGGAAGCGGUCUAGUUAGUUUUUAAACUGGAGCGAUACCCAUUCUGUAAGAAAUAGAACAAGGAAGAACAACAAAUACAAAGGACACACUAUUCUCGCAUUUUAAACACCUGGAAAGAAACGCACACCUGCUUCAAUUUCGGCGCAGGAUUACGCCCGAGAUAUCAUCAAAACGUACAGGUAUAUAUUAUAAUCUACACCACUGGAUUUGGCUGCGUUGGUUCACUGUGUAUAAAUUAACAAGCAAGUGCCGUAUAAAAUUGAAUGGCAAUUUAAAGGGACACACAAACAAAAAACACACAAACAACACACACACACACACACACACACAUAUAAUAUUAGAAAAGUUAUGAAUUAAAAAACAUAUUGGCUACAGAUGAAGACGGUCUGCUUUGUGUUGUAGAUUUUAUGAGGUGCGGGUAGCGCUGAAAAUGCAUUACAUCUGCCUGCUGCUGCUGCUGCUAUUGUGAUGUGCAACAUUUAUGACUUCAAUGGUGCUAAGGAUUCAUACAGCUGUAUUUUAAAGAACAUCAACAAGCGUGAACCUCUAGUAUUGCUAUCAUUUGAACGCCAAGAACAAAUAAACUAUCACUACAAGGGCACUUUUACACGUUAGUAAAUUCAGGGCGAAUGCAGAUUUAGCACUGCAAAUAAACAAAGACUGUCGAUAUAAACCCUAAUGAAAGCUUGUUACGGUUUCGCCUUUAAAAAAUAUAUUUUACCGACCCCUUUUAAAAGGACAAACGUGGACAGGAUUUGCUGAUGAGUGGGUUUUUGGUCAAAUUAGCUUGUGACAGUACCUGGCAUCAUUGCAUCCUCAUAAAGACCCCAGCCACAUAGAGGUUGUAUAAAACCCUGCGUUCCACAGAUAAUGCACAUUUAGACGUUAAUGUAGAAACAUCAUUUUGAACAUCCUUACAGCAAAUCGAUUCCCAUGCCAAGGAUUUCCGACAAGCAGCACACAAGAUCAUCUCAACCUGCUGCCUCCAGUGCUUGCAUGUACAGCACUGCUCAGUGAAUAAGUGCAUGACAACACGAGGUUUAGUGUCUCAUAGUCUCAGCUGAUACAUCAGAAGGAAUGGUCUUCACGUACAGUCCACAGUGAGGCUACAAUCACAGCAGUCACAAGGGUAAUUGGGUAAAGUUGUGUUUUGGAGCAUCUCGGUGGCUGUCAUCAGUACACUUAAAGACAGAAAAUUGGAUCUCCAUCAACGAUACUGUUGACCACACAGGCGUUUAAAUCUCAAAAUACAUCUCUCUUUUGAUUCUGGAUAAACGGCAAACUUGGAAAAUAACCUUUUUCACCUUCAAAGAAUAUCCUUUUCCACAACAAGCAAGUAACAGUUCCAUGGAAGGCUAAAAACAACGUCGUCUAAAACACGUUUUCAGAAAGCGUGUUCAAUUUUCAACAGUACAGUCGGAAGCAGGUGUGCUUAACUUUACAUCAUUAUUGAUUUGUAGGGACACAUCUCAAACUGAAAAACGGACGAAGUCGAAGUGAGGACAGUAGUUCGAAAUAUUAUCAAGAAGCUACUGAGAAACCGCAUCAAUGGGGUCUAAUAUGAACAUGGAGUGUGCUGUGGUUUUCCUUGCACUGCUGUUAUUUGGCACAAGUUCAGCCAAGCGUGUGGUGACAGUUCAGACGGGCACUCUGUACCGGACAGUGGACUCCCACAUUACAAUCUGGUGCAAUGUUAGUGGCUACCAGGGUGCUAUGGAGCAAGACUUCCAAUGGUCUAUCUACCUGAGCUCUGCCCCUGAGCGGGAGAUCCAGAUCAUCAGCACCAAGGACCCCAACUAUGCCUACGCCCUGUACGGAGAGCGAGUGCGCAGCAAAGAAGUCUACAUCGAGAGGGUGAGCGGGGACUCGGUACUGCUGCACAUCACAAAACUCCAACAGCAGGACCAGGGGGAGUACGAGUGCUACACACCCAACACUGACACUCACUACCUGGGAGUGUACAGUGCCAAAAUGAACCUCACCGUUAUACCAGACACUCUGAGUGUGUCCUCGGCUGGCCAGACUCUCAGCAAAGUGGAAGGGGAACCUCUGAGUCUUACCUGCGAGGUUUCAAAGCAGACAUUCCAGCACAGCCACCUCUCUGUGGGCUGGUUCCUGCACACAGCCGGCCAGACGGCUGCCCAGGAGAUCAUCACUCUCUCCAGGGACUUUGUGCUGCGUCCGGGGGGAGCGUAUAGGCAGCGGUACUCCUCGGGGGACGUGCGGCUUGACAAGACUGGCAGCACCUCCUACAAGCUGACCAUCUACAUGCUGCAGCCCUCGGACCAGGGCGAGAUCUACUGCGAGGCCACAGAGUGGAUUCAGGACCCCGACAGGUCGUGGUUUGCCUUGACCAGAAAACAGUCUGACAAGAAUGUGGUUAACAUACAGGCCACAGACAAAGAAUUCAACAUCCAGAUUAACACAGAGAGACGGGCCUACACGACCGGAGAGCCUGCGGAGCUCAGGUGCGUCAUUGAUGCUCAGAGCAUCCCUGAACGCUACUUCUCUGUGUCCUGGGUGUUCAACAGCACCCAGGUGGCUGUCAUGGGCCCCAACGCCGUGCCUGUCCUGAACGGGGACUACGCAUUGAGGGAGGGGGCCGGCAAGCUGACCUUCCGCAAGGAGAGUGAUGCCAUCUACCUACUGAAGAUCAACCAGCUGCGCCAGGAGGACACUGGGAAGUACAUCUGCCGUGUCACAGAGAGAGAGAAAACUGCGACUGGAGACUUCGUUGACAAAAACAAGAGAUCCAGGAAUGUUCAGAUCUCUGUUCAGCCACUGAAAAGCAACAUCACUGUGUCAGUGACAAGCAAUUCGAGCAGUGUGCCCGAAGGCAGCGCCGUUCAUUUUACCUGCACUGUGAAUUCUGUCACAGAGAACCAAGGCCGUCUGUCCGUGUCCUGGAAGCUGACGGACAAACAAAGCCAGGCACGGGAGAUUGUGUCUGUGGACCAGGAGGGCAUGGUUGUCCCGAGCCCUUCAUACCGGGAGCGCAGUAGCUAUGGGGAGGUGCGGGUGGAGAGAGUGCGGAUGGGCACAUUCACCCUGUCUAUCUACAACACUCUCCCGAAGGAUCAGGGCCUCUACACUUGCACUGUCGCAGAGUGGGUCAAGGGGCCGAGAGAUGAAUGGGAAACGAUUGGGGAGAAGUCAGCCGGCACACCUGUGACUGUCACCGCAGUGGAGUCUAUUUUCUUCAUGGCCGCUUCUUCGAGAACCCCCAGCGUUACCUACAAUGAAUCCUUUGACCUCCAGUGCAUCGUCAAACCCCGCUACAACCCCCGGGUACCUGCCUCUGUGACCUGGCGCUUCAAGCCUGUUAACGGCACUGAGUUCCAAGACCUGGUCACCUUCACCCGCGAUGGCAGCUUGCAGUGGGGAGACCGCUACUCCAGCUUCGGCAUUAGAACUACCAUCGACAAGUCAGCUUCCAACAGCAACUUCCGCCUCAGCAUCAGCAGGGCCAGCAGGCAGGAAGCCGGCACGUACCAGUGCGCUGCCGAGCUGUGGAGGAAAAACUACGACAACACCUGGACCAAGAUCACCAACAGGACCUCCAAUCUGCUGGGGAUCAAAGUGCUGCAGCCUGCGAGCAAACUGCAAGUCAGCAAAUCUGACAUGACCCUGGCGUUUGUCGAAGAUAGUCGUGUUCCACUCAACUGCACGAUCGCUUCUCAGACCAGCCCGGACGCCCAGUACACAGUCCUGUGGUACGCCAUGAAAGAGGAUGAGACAGACGCUGAGCUCCUACUCAAGAUCAACCAUAACUCUGCUUUCGAGUAUGGCACCUACGCGGAAGAGGAGAGACUGAAGAGCCGGGUGCAGUCUGAGCGUCUCUCCCCGCAGCUCUACAGCCUCACCCUGCACCAGGCCGAGCUCAGUGACAGCGGCAGCUACUACUGCAGAGUGGAGGAGUGGCUGCUCGACCCCAACAAUGCCUGGUACAAGUUAACUGAGGAGACUUCGGGGUUAACCAAGGUCACUAUUAAACGCCCAGAAAUCAGGCUUCAGGUAGAGGAAUCUGAAUCCAACAUGACAGUGAAAGAGGAGGAUGCCUUCACACUGGGCUGCAGCGUCUCCUCGCAGUCCAGCAAAGACUCCCGCUUCUCCGUCUCCUGGUAUGUCAUCAGCAGUGAGAACCCCGAGCGAGAGUGCGUCUUCUCCAUCGGACAUGACAACGUCUUCGGGAACGGCAACUGCAGCUCCUCCGAGGGGCAGGGCCCAGGGUCCAGGCUGCAGUUUGAAAGGACCUCUGCCGAGUCCUACAGCUUGACGAUACAGAAGGCCAGACUCUCAGAUUCUGGGAACUACUACUGUCAGGUGGAAGAGUGGCUUCUCGACCCAAGGAAUGCCUGGUACCACCUGGCAGAGGCUAAUUCUGGAGUGACCGUUGUCUCUGUGCUUGAGCAAGGUUCUUCUCUGCAGUCUGUCAUCUGUUCCAAUGACUCGCUCUUCUACUUCAUCUUCUUCUACCCGUUUCCCAUUUUCGGAAUCUUGCUGAUCACCAUUCUGCUGGUGCGCUAUAAGGCUCGCAACUCCAGCAAGAAUUCGGAGGGUAAAAAUGGCGCCCCUCUGCUGUGGAUCAAAGAGCCUCACAUCAACUACUCCCCAACCUGCCUGGAGGCCCCCAGCCUGAGCCUCCACCCAGGCUCUGUGGAGUAACCUAGGCGACUCGUUUCAAAAAGAGCAGGCAACUAUGAUGAGAGCGACUACUGGGCUGCAGCCAGUGUGCAGUUAACAAUCUCCUGUGACUUGCUAUUGAGUCUCAGACCUGUCAGCCAUCUAUUUCUAUGACCUUUCAGUGAGACCUUUCUGAUUUAGAAAUUAGCAGUAGCAGCAUCAUGCCAGUCUUGUAGUUCCUAGAUCCUCUCCGGCCAGCAUAUAUACAACCACCAAAACCCCUAUAAGAUCAAUCCCUUGAUCUCAAUCUAAGACCAAUAACAACACCCUGGAAAGUACUAUAGUUAAAUACCUGGGUUGGCUGUCAUUUGCUUAAUGUGUAUAUUCGUUCCAGAACUUAUUUUGAAAAGGUCAGUUUUCCUCUUAAAUGGUUUUUGUUUUCUUGACAUUGUUGGUAUUAAUUGUACAGUACUGCACCGUUGUAUCUCUAUAAACUCUUGCAGCAUUGCAAUAAUCUUGAGACAGUAAGAAGAAUAAAAGUUGAGUCAAUUUACAGCUCCGGAUGCAGAAGGAGUAUGAAUAUCCACAGAAAAGGAAGGGCACCAAAAGAUUUUGUUUUUUAUUUGAAAAUCCGUGAAGGUCACUUGGAUAGGAGAUCAAUGUACCUUGAUAUUAAAGCCCAACCAUCACCCAAUAUAUAAAAACUGCAAACCUGCGGCAAUUUUUAAAAUCACGCAGCUGCAAAGGACAUCUUGGAGGGAGCAUGUUGCCAGUUUAAAAUGAGCAUCAUGAGUCUUUAAAUGAAAACAACGUGAAUUCCACAGCACUGGAGUAUGGCUGGGCAUGCCAAUACAAGGCACUCCUUUCUAAACUGCACUAGAAAUACAUGGACUCCAGGAUGAAAGAUGUUUGAGUUGAUUCAUACUGGAUAUGUGUGGGUUACUGUGGGACACUAUGGAGAUUAGUGAACAACAGUGCUUUUGUUUAAGCCGCUGUUGUAUUAUUGUUCAGUAUAUCUGUGAUUUAAUGAACAACGCGUUCUCUGGUUGCAGUUAGUAGUUUUUAUUUUACACUGUAGAAGCUGAUGUGUUGGUGCUAAAUGUACCCUGUUUUAUGCCAAUGGGAGAUUUACUUGAUAAUUACUGGAUGUCCACCCUAGGUGUUAUGUAGACAAACUCAGACAUUCAUUGUGUAGACAGAAUGCGAAAUCAACUUACAGGUGAAACUACUGAAUACAUGUUUUUCAAGCACGGUCUUCAGUGUGUAGCUAACAUUAAUAUUAGUGCUGUCAUGACAGUGCCAUUGCCUACAAAACAUUAAGUUUAAUGUAAUAACAUUUUCAGUAUUUGCUGUCUGCAUAACAAGUUCUACAUUGUUUGAUAUUGUUUUUAGUAUUUAAUAGGAUUUUUUUUUUCUGGAUGCCCCAUUUUCCUUUUAGUUAUUGUGACCCUAAAAUGUAAUAUUGACAUUUAUUUUUAAUAUGGACACGGCUAAAGAAUCCUAAAACAUUUUGAUGUUUACAUGAUUAAGUUGAAACUUUGUGUUUACUGUUUCUAAAACCUACACAGUGACAAGCAAAGAGAAGAUUAAGGUUGAUCUGUCCUCCUACUUGGAUUCUAGCUAAACACUGCCAGAUAAUUUUACAGGAAUGCAGCAACUAAGCAGAACACACAUUUAGACAAACAGCUGUAUCAUGCAUCCUUUCAGUUUAGUUGAGAAAUGACUGUAUGCUGCACAUAGGUCAGCUGCUGGCAUUAUAUUGCACAUACAGUGACAAAGCAGCAUGCAAUGUGCUUGUUGAACAAAUACUUAGUUUGUGGCUGACUAUCCUUAGUGUUGUGUCCUUACUAUCCGGUGUGUUAUGUAGACUUGGAGAUUAGUUAUCGGUACUAAGUUUUCUGUUUGCUGUCGUACCAGUAAACAAGUGCUAUCUAAAUUGUGGUUCUCUUGAGCUCUAUUUACAACAGAUUUUAUAAAUCACAGGUUUCACCUACAGUAUGUAGUGUACUGGUAGAUAUCUCGCAGACCCCCUUCUCUUCCAAAGUGACCAGCUGCAGUAGAACAAUUUCACCUUCAUCAACAGACCACAACCCCUUGGAGUUCAGCUGCUGUUAUACAAUACUAGUCAUUUAAAUUACAAAAUAGGCACAUCUGAUGCUUUUAAAUGUCGAUCCGAGAUGAACCAUAUAUAACUCAUUGACAAAUAGCGUAAAGACAGCUUUAAACCUUUUCCGUGGGGGUUAUUUUUUUAAGUAAUUUACAGCUUUUUAUUAUUUUUUUCUUUCUGUCAGACUUGUGUCAAAAUGUAUAUGCAUGACAGAAAGAACAUUAUGGUGUUUUCUACUUUUACAUUCAAUAUUGCACAGAGUUGUGUGUUCCUUUAGUGUGUACUGGCCAAAAAAAGUAGACGUGAUGGUGUGUGUGUAUUUAGUUAAGCCAGUGCUGUGUUUUUUUAUUAUAAUCUUUUUAUGUUUUGUUUUUAUCUGAUUUUGUACAUAAAGUGCACUGAAUUGUGUGUGUGGUUUUUUUGUACUUUUUAUUGUUUCCUAAAUGCAUCAAGCACUUCAAAUGUUGUAGGCUAACACAAAAAAAAUAAAUAAAAGGCACAUAAUAUUUUCUUUCAAUUGCAAUUAAAUAUUGUCUCAAACUGCAUCGUGAGUUCACAUGAUUUUAUUGUAGUUCUGAUGCUUAUUACACUCCGACAUUAAAACUAGCUGGUGCAGCAUCUCUCUCAACCGACCCCACCUGAUUUCAUAUACUCACUCACACACAUGCGUACAAAAUUAAAUGCUGCUUGUUUUGUAUUCUAAGGGACAAAGUGGGCUUGUGUCCAUUUCCUUUUAAUAUUGGAAAUAUCAGCUCUUGUGUACCACCGUCUUAAAUUACCAAGGCUGUGUUUUUUUGUUUAAUUUUUUUAAUUCUUCUACUGAGCAUACUGCUAGCAUUGGUUGAUGGGUUUUAUCUGUCUAUCUGUUGCAAUUGUGACAGCUUGAAUAAAUGUUAAUCGUUUAAUACA